CGAAAUAAUGUCGCUUUUACUUGGGAGUGAAAACAGUCGCACUCAUCAAAAUAAAUAAAAACUAGGAAAGCAUGAAUUGCUUCUCAUUGUCUAAACUCGCGACUAGAUCUUCGUUAAAGUUUCCACUAUUCUUGUUCCCGAACAAGCCCAUUACACCGGCGGUUAUCACCGCUGCUCGCUUUCCAAGUCUCGCUCCUCGAUUCCGCCUGUUCUCUAAUUACAGCGACGCCUCGAAGUCUUCGUUCGGAAGCUUUUCACUCUCUAAUCGUGAUCAAAACUUCUCUACCAUGGCUGGCGCUGAAGAGUUUGUUAAGGGAAAUGUUUAUCCAAACGGCGUCGCGGUCAUCACUCUCGAUCGUCCCAAAGCCCUAAACGCCAUGAAUUUAGAUAUGGAUAUCAAGUACAAGCAAAUUCUUGAAGAAUGGGAAUUGGAUCCUAAGGUCAAAUGUGUUCUGAUCGAGGGCAGUUCACCGCGUGCCUUUUGUGCAGGAAUGGAUAUUAAAGGUGUUGUUGCUGAAAUCCAAAAGGACAGAAACACACCUCUUGUGCCAAAGGUCUUCACUGCUGAGUAUUCUCUAAUAUGCAAAAUUUCGGAGUACAGGAAGCCUUAUAUAUCAUUCAUGGAUGGCAUAACAAUGGGCUUUGGAAUUGGCCUAUCUGGCCAUGGUCGCUACAGAGUGGUAACUGAGAGGACUGUCCUUGCUAUGCCAGAAAAUGGAAUUGGUUUGUUUCCUGAUGUUGGGUUCUCAUACAUAGCAGCCCAAACACCAGGAGGGGGUUCUGUUGGUGCUUAUCUUGGAUUGACUGGAAAAAGGAUAUCAACACCUUCAGAUGCACUAUAUGUGGGUCUUGGAACACACUAUGUGCCAUCUGGGAAUUUAGUUUCACUGAAGGAGGCCCUUCUAGCCAGUACCUUUUCUGAGGAUCCUCACAAGGAUGUUACAGCACUGUUGGCAAAAUAUAGCAGUAACCCGGAGUCUGAAGCUUACUUGAAGUUGUUUUUGCCUCAGAUAACUUCAUGCUUCUGUGCGGAUAAGUCAGUUAAGGAGAUAAUUGAAGAGCUUAAAAAACAUCAGCAGAGUACAGAAGCUUCAGUUGUAGAAUGGGCAAAUGAUGCUCUGCAGGGUCUUGGAAAGGGUGCUCCCUUUUCUCUUUGCUUAACACGAAACUAUUUCUCGAGAGUUGCAUCUGGAUAUGGUAAACAUGGCAAUGAAUUUACAACGCUAAACGGUGUUAUGAAAACUGAAUAUCACAUUGCCUUACGGUCUUCUCUGCGAAAUGAUUUUGCUGAAGGUGUUCGGGCAGUCCUGGUUGACAAGGAUCAGAAUCCAAAGUGGAACCCUCCAAGCUUGGACGAAGUUAACCAAAGGGAAGUGGAGGCACUUUUUGAACCAUUAGGUCCAGGAAUUGAAGAGUUGAAAGUGUAAGUUUCGCACUCCACAUAUCAGCUUGUCUCUCUGUGUUUUGCUGGGAGGAUGAAUGGAUCAUACUCGUGGAAAUACAAAUUUGGAGCGGAAGAAAUAAAUAAAGAUGAUUUGGCAUGAAAGCAUGUUGCAUUCUGAUACUGUUAUAUACUUGGACAACACUUAUGGCUUUAAAAAUAUUAUGAUCCUAAAGCACAAUCAUGAUUCCUAGAAUGUUUGCUUUUGACAGCCAAUACUAUGAUCAAAUCCUUUGUAUGUUA